CACUCACAGGGAGAGACGUUUGACCUUCACUGGGGCGUUUGGUGAUUGGUUUUCUGCUUACAAUCAAGACACGCGACACUUAUAACGUUAGCUCAGCGUGCUGUGACUGUGUCCCGGCCCGGGCAGCUGACUGGACUCAGGACCAUGACGAGCUCAGAGAUACUGACCAUAGUCGUGCUCUUUACCGUCCUGUGCACCGGACAAAUGUCCCAGGAACUCACAGAUGACACACAACUGUCCCAGCAGCAAAUGGAGAAUGAACUGGUUGAGGAUAUGACAGCACUUUUGGGAAGAUAUCAGCCUCAUUUACCAUCUUCAGAAAAACGUGGCAUUCCACAGUGUGCUGUGGGAUCCCGCUGCGCCAUGAGACUGGGUCCACGCAUCGGGAAAUUGUGUGAAUGUGUCAGAGGAUCUAACUGUAACUCAUUUCUCCUAAAAUGCAUCUGAGUCAUUAAAAAAGAAGUAAAUCCACCUAAAAUGCACCUAAAAGAGGCAGCGCAUGGAAAUGUAUUUUCAGAAUCACUUGUGUAAUGUCUAUGACAAGCAUUCAUCAAAAUGCAGCAUGACAAGCAAUAGCAAAGCAUGGGGUUAAUGUGUUAAUUCAUUUAUAUUUUUAAUGGUUGUCUUGUGUUAUCAAUAAACAUGGUUAA